AUGUCAGGAAGGACAUGUAGCACCAUGUCAGGAAGGACGUGUAGCACCAUGUCAGGAAGGACGUGUAGCGCCAUGUUAAGAAAGAACGUGCAGCUCUAUGUUAAGAAGGAACGUGCAGAGCGCUAUAAGGAACGUGCAGCGCUACGUCGAGAAGGAACGCUACGUCUAGAAGGAACGUGCAGCGCUACGUCUAGAAGGAACGUGCAGCGCUACGUCGAGAAGGAACGGGCAGCGCUACGUCGAGAAGGAACGUGCAGCGCUACGUCGAGAAGGAACGGGCAGCGCUACGUCGAGAAGGAACGGGCAGCGCUACGUCGAGAAGGAACGUGCAGCGCUACGUCUAGAAGGAACGUGCAGCGCUACGUCGAGAAGGAACGUGCAGCGCUACGUCGAGAAGGAACGUGCAGCUACGUCGAGAAGGAACGUGCAGCGCUACGUCGAGAAGGAACGUGCAGCGCUACGUCGAGAAGGACGUGCAGCGCUACGUCUAGAAGGACAUGCAGCGCUACAUCGAGAAGGAACGUGCAGCGCUACGUCGAGAAGGAAUGUGUAGCGCUACGUCGAGAAGGAUCGUGCAGCGCUACGUCGAGAAGGAACGUGCAGCGCUACUUCGAGACUGAACAUGCAGCGCAAUGUCUCGAAACUUCACACACAGAGACAAUGGCAAGUCCUUUACUAGGGUACUAA